ACUACUGCUGACAGGCUGCUGCUCAAGGAAAUAUUUUGCAUUCAAAGUUUUCUUACAAGACUUGCAAUAUUUAUAUUUACAUGCGAGAAGAGAACAAGAUGAUCAAGUUAUUUGUUUUUAUGUGGGUGCUUUCAAUUCCAGCAUCUGUAUCAACAGAUUCUCAUUCUUUCUGGGUCCUUAUAACACACAUUAAAGGAAACACUCCAUUUCCUGAAAUCAUUGGCACACUAAUGUUGGAUGACAUGACAGUAGGAUACUUUGAUUCAGAGACAAAGACUUACUUUACAAGAGGAAAUACUACAAAUGAAGAUGAUUUGUAUAAUCUGGGUGAUAAUAAUGCUGUAGGAGAACGUUUCUAUACGUAUCUUUUGUAUAAAUCAAGUCACGGAAAUAAUACAGAUAGUCUUAGAGUUUAUCAAUAUUUAGGUAUUUGUGAACUGUUGGACAAAGACAAACCAGGACAAUUUAUCUUCAAGAAUGCAUUUAAUGGCUCUACUGAAGAUGAAAUGAGAUAUUUUGAUGGCAAGUUUACAUAUAAAGGUCCUUUAAAAAAUAGAGAGGAUGACAAUAACCCCUUACUGCAAGUGUUUCUGUGGUAUCAAGAGGUUUUUUCCUACCCGAACUGCCUAAACACUCUCAGAUCUUACCUUAAAAAAAGAGGAGCUCAAAUAAAGAGGAAAGGUAAGUCUCCAACAUGCUUGAAAUAUAGAAAUGAGCUAAUUCCUUUUAACAAAUACAUUCUAGUCAAUGGUGUUAUAAAAAGAUAGGCCUGCAUUUUU